CAAGCCACCCCGGAGCGGAACCGAGUCCCACCUAGAGGCUCCGUGCCAGGCGCGAACUUUUCUCCCGGACCGAGGGACUGAACUUGGCCUGAACCCCUGGGGAGGACUCAAGGCACCCGUAGCCAGCACCGGGCUGGGGUGCUGCGGCCGGCCUGGGGGACAGCGGUCGGUGGCAAAAGACACCAAGGAAAAGUGGGAACAGAAGCUUGGGGGUGAGUGAAGGGAGUUCGGCUCGCAGUUUUUACGCAGGCUCGGGUCUCCGUGUCUUCUGGGGUGGGCCUGGGCAAGUGCCCUGUCAGCUCUAAGGGAGCAGCCGAGGCCACUGUCCCUUAAGACUGCCGGGGUCCUCAGCACCUGUCUCGGGCUCCAGGAGAGGCUGUGGUCAUGGUGAAUGAAGAGCCCAACCAACAGGAGCACGAUGGCAGCCCUGCGCAGGAGCCUGCCCUGCGCGCGGAUCCCAGCGCCUCGGAUCCCAGCGCCUCGGCCCACGCCAGCGUCUCCACUCACCCCAGCGUCUCCACUCACCCCAGCGUCUCCAUUCACCCCAGCGUGUCGGCCCACCCGAGCGUGUCGCCCCACCCCAGCGUCUCCAUUCACCCCAGCGUGUCGGCCCACCCGAGCGUGUCGGCCCACCCCAGCGUCUCCAUUCACCCCAGCGUGUCGGCCCACUCAAGCAGUUCUGCCCACCCCAGAACCUUGGCCCAGCCCGGUGGCUUGGCCUACCCCAGUAGCUCGUGCCCCGAGGACAGUAGCGUGAUCAAGGUGAGCAAGCGUCGCUGGGUGGUGGUCCUGCUGUUCAGCUGCUACUCCAUGUGCAAUGCCUUCCAGUGGAUCCAGUACGGCUCCAUCAAUAACAUCUUCAUGAACUUCUACGGGGUCAGUGCCUUUGCCAUCGACUGGCUGUCCAUGUGUUACAUGCUGACCUACAUCCCUCUCAUCCUGCCCGUGGCCUGGUUGCUGGAGAAAUUCGGCCUGCGCACCAUCGCCCUCACUGGCUCUGCUCUCAACUGCCUGGGGGCCUGGGUGAAGUUGGGGAGCCUGAAGCCACAUCUCUUCCCAGUCACCGUCCUAGGCCAGAUCAUCUGCUCUGUGGCCCAGGUCUUCAUCCUGGGCAUGCCCUCCCGCAUUGCUUCUGUCUGGUUCGGGGCUAAUGAGGUCUCAACGGCCUGCUCCAUAGCUGUCUUUGGCAAUCAGCUUGGAAUUGCAAUUGGGUUCUUGGUCCCUCCUGUUUUGGUACCCAACAUCGAAGACCGGGACAAGCUUGCCUACCACAUCAGCAUCAUGUUUCACAUAAUAGCAAGCGUGGCUACUCUGCUUUUCAUCCUUGUCAUCAUCGUAUUCAAGGAGAAGCCUAAACAUUCCCCCAGCAGGGCCCAGUCCCUGAGUUAUGCCUUGGCAUCCCCUGAUGCUUCGUACUUAAGUUCCAUUGUCCGGAUCUUCAAAAACCUCAACUUUGUGCUGCUCGUCAUCACCUACGGUCUGAAUGCUGGUGUUUUUUAUGCCUUGUCCACUCUGCUGAAUCGCAUGGUGAUCUUGCACUACCCGGGGGAAGAAGUGAAUGCUGGAAGAAUCGGCCUGACCAUCGUCAUUGCAGGAAUGCUUGGGGCUGUGAUCUCAGGCAUCUGGCUGGAUAGGUCCAAAACCUACAAGGAGACAACCCUGGUGGUCUACAUCAUGACCUUAGUGGGCAUGGUGGUGUACACAUUGACCUUGAACCUGGGAUAUCUGUGGGUCGUGUUCAUCACUGCUGGCACAAUGGGCUUCUUCAUGACUGGCUACCUCCCGCUGGGAUUUGAGUUUGCCGUGGAGCUGACAUACCCAGAAUCAGAAGGCAUGUCGUCUGGCCUCCUGAAUGUGUCUGCCCAGGUAUUCGGGAUCAUCUUCACCAUCUCCCAGGGCCAGAUUAUUGACAACUAUGGAACCAUGCCUGGGAACAUCUUUCUCUGUGUUUUCCUCACCCUUGGGGCGGCCCUCACUGCAUUCAUUAGGGCAGAUCUUCGGAGGCAGAAAGCAAACAACGAAACUCCUGAGAAUAAACUCCAGGGGGAGGAGGAGGAGGAGGAGAGCAACACCAGCAAAGCGGCCACCACUGUGUCCGAGGAGCAUCUCUGAGAGAAAAGGUGGUGGCCAGCGCUCCCCACCUCUUCGGUCAGCCCUCGCUGCCGGCACGCGGGUCUUCGCCGGAGCAGCUUUUGGAGGGAACCGGCUGGGAUGUCUGUGGCUUGGACGGCAGUGCCUCUGCCUCCUGGAACCCUCUCAGGAGCUGGCCUGGUCUAGCGGGGGAAGAUGGCACCUUUCGCCGAACGCACGCUCGAUACCCGCCCCCUCCCCCCGGCAGGCUGAGGGAGCUGGUGUUGGGAGAGACUGGUGGAGAAUGGGGGUGCCUGGCCGUCCCCCUUCACCUGCAUCCCGCAAGGAGGGAGCCUGCAAAAUGAUCACGGAGAGAAAGCUUAUUCAGGAUAUUAACUUUUUCUAGAAUGGCAAGACCCCUGGAAGCCCAGUUCUACGGAGAGGCAGCUGCUCUGGGUGAGGGUAAUUUGGGGCUCAUCACACUGCCUGCUAAUGUUCUGGGGGAGAGAGAGCGCCAUCAGGAAACAUCAGAACAGACCCAUCAGGACUCGGCCUCGCUUCUCCUGCCCUAAGCUUGGGGUCUGUUUCCAGACCCUUUCCUGAGAGCUGAUCAAACCAAACAUCAAUAAACUUGACAGAAACUUUGCCGUGGCCGUGAAGGAGAAGCCUGUUGGGGAGGGUGACGUGCCUAGGUGUGGGAGGGCACUGGUGAAGGCCUGAAUUUGGGAACUGUGGUAGCUUGAUUUGGGGACAGGAAGGUUCUUUCCUACAAAAUCUCUGCCCAGGACUUCUGUGUGUGUGUCGUCAUCUCUGAUGCCUUCACGUGGACCCUGCCUUGAGAAGCUCUGCCAUCCUCCUCAGCGCUUCCUUUCUCUGAAGGGAGGGAAAUCCCAGCCAACUUCCUGUAACCUUUACUGAAAACUAACCUUGUUUCAUUCCACCCUGAGAAAUCCACACUGCUUCUGAGAGAGGAGAGGAAAGGGGCAGAAGGAAAGGUGGCCCUUGAAAUGGGCAUUGAGUCUGCUUGAAUUAAGUGCCUCCUGCUUCUGGAGGGGAUCGUAUUCGCACACCCACCCCUCCUCCCCAUCCCCUUCCAGCAAUCUUUUAACAGAUAUUGUGAAUUUAAAGGGAUUCCCUUUAAACCAACCCAGGGUGACCUCCUUGCCUGCCCAGCCUGCUGUUUGGCCCUACCCACGGGCUGGGGUAGUAUCCCCUGAAAAUAAGACGUUUUAGUAAUUUCUCCUGCAUUGAGCAGCUGUGAUCAUGACCAUGGUGCUGUUUGGCUGUGACCACUGCCCGGUCUCGGCGUCCAGGGGCAGCCUGGGUUGGCAGGGGGGCCAGGGUGCCUGGGCCAUUGCCCGAGGGGAGCUGGGUGUGUUUGUGUGUGUGUGUGUGUGCGUGUGUGUGUGUACAGACAUUCCAGAUGUUCUGUAUGUAAGAGAAGUUCACACCUCUGCUGGGGGGAGUGAUGGGGGGUGGAAGAGAGGUGGAGAGAAAGCAGGUCUUGCUUUUUGAUAAGGAGAAAGGUGUUCACUCUUCAGCUCCUUAAAACUUUUUAACAAAAUGUUUACCAGAUUAUUCAUUCCUUUAUUUUAAAAGCAUAAUUUGUAUUUUCUACCUGUAAUACCGGAUGUCUUAAGACAAUAAAAGAUUCUCCAAGUGGUCUGCCGUGUCAUUAGGUGGGGCAGAGGUGUCUUUCGGCAGUCCCGAGAUUCUCACUCAUUUCUGGGGCCUGGGCCGGCGGUGCGGGAGGGGCCUGCUGCAGAGGCGGGUCCUCUGUUUACACAGAUGUGACCCUCCCCGUGGGCUGCUUUUUAAAGACAAGGCUGUAAAGGUGAACGUGGGCCUGUGCGGGGCCUUGCACCUCACCGUCCCGCCCGUGACCCUGCCUGCCUGCCUUUCGGGCUGUGUACGCAUGCAGACAGUCCACCCCGGGUGGCCGCCCGGAGCCCGCUGUGGUUGCUGGCUCGGCCUCACAGUGCGGCUGGCCUGUUUGUUCUAUGACUGCACCAUCCUGCCCUGGCCAUAGUCCAUGCUUUCGGCCUCUGCCGUUCUGAGUGGCCAUUUUUCUUCGGACUGUCCCACCUACUGCCACUUCUCCCUUCCCAGGCAUGUUUGCCUUAUGCUGUGGCUUGGACUUGCUGCUGCUGUCAGUUUUCUGUACGUUUCUUUCUUAGUAAAAUGCACGGUGCCUAUGGCGUUGUGG